CCCAGUAACAUUCUCGAACCCACUAUGCAAUUCUGAAAAUAUAGAAUAUUUCAAUGGAGAAUAUAGCAGUUCCUCCGGAGAAAAGCUGCCAUUUUUGGGAGAGCGAGGUGGAGCUGACCAGGAAGAAGACAAAAGAACCAGAUGGUAGGCGGUUCCGCUACUUUGACGACAAGAGCAUCUUCAACUUUGUAUUCUUCAUCUGGGCAUACAAAUGGGUUAAAGCAGCUGCCAAAGAGUACCUGGACCCUUAUAUGCUUCACCCUCUCCCACUGGCUGACCAGAUUCUUAUAUGGCAGCCUAUUCUUUCUAAGCACAUUAGUGAUGGUAUAGCCAGCCUGGAGGCUUAUGAAUCCCUCAGUGAGGAUGAGAAGAAGAGUGCCAAGAAACCAGUAAGAUACAUUCUGGCAAGGGCAAUCUGGCUGACCUUUUGGAAAAGGUUGCUCGCUAUUAUAGCAUGUGUAAUAGUAAUGAAUGGCGUUGGAAUGAGUGUCUCUAUUUUCCUACACAAGUUGCUGAGCCUAUUGUCUGACAGAGACUUUAGGUUCAUGGCAUUUUUAGGACUAGCUCUCUCCAUCAUUCUCAUGGAAUUGUUCAAGGAAAUUUUCAUGGACCACAUUUACUACUAUUUACAAAGGCUUACUGCUGUUAUUGAUUCGUGCCUUCGUGUCACGAUUUUCCAGCACAGUUUGUGCUAUAGGCGCAGCAGAUUUAGCAGUUUUCCCGACGACUCAAACUCUUGCAGAAAUGUCAUUCACUGCUGUUCCGGGGAGGACGCAUGUACGGAUAACCCAUUACUAUGUCCAGCCAGACGUUACAAGAACAAUAAAGUAACUCCCAAAAUCUAUUCCCUUAUCUUAAAUGACCCACAUUACAUUCCACUUUUUAUCGAGUUCACAACCGGCAUGAUUGAUUUUCUGACAGCCUUCACAUACGGACUAAUACUCAUCAGCCAACAGUUUCACAUGAAGGCACUCACUAUCCUUAUCAUUUCUUUGUCUCUAGUCGCAUGUAUGUUCGUGAUGGAACUUGUCAAUGGUUUUGUUAUGAAAUAUUUCUUUGGGGUUAGGGAUAAUAGAAUCGCUAGGUCUGAGGAAAUUGUUUCAGCCCUGGAUCUUAUCGAGAGAAUGUCAUUAGAUGAUAUCGGCCACAAUGCUAUUACAGAGGCUAGGAAUGAUGAACUGGUCAUUGUACCUAUUCGUUUCUUCUUAUCUCUCAUGAACAAGGUCAUCAUUACUUCAAUAAUGUGCAUAAACAUCAUUGUUCUAAUUGAUGACUUUGUCGGACAGGUUGAAGGUUCUACAGAUGCAAAGGAGAUCGAUCCCUCAGGACUACUUGCCUCUAUUUUCGUUCUGUUAAAGAUUCUUGGUCCACUAUACAUGGUUCCUCUUAAACUCAAACUUUUAGUUUUUACCAUAAUAUCCUUUUUGAGGGUGGAACGCUUCUUGAGAACUUGUUCACCAAACUUUUACAUUCCUGAUAACAAGUUUACUGGGAAGACUACUCUACCAGAGAUUGGGCCAGGUAAGGAUAAGAGCAUACCCAAAGGACUGAUGGUGAUGUUUAAGAAGGCCUCCUUUGCCUGGGUCAAUAGCAGGAAGGAUCUCCUAGACAAUACUGGUACUACUUGUCUUAGGAACCUUGACUUUGUCCUCAAUACUGGUGACCUUGCCAUUGUAACUGGUGCUCAAGGUUCUGGUAAGAGUAACUUUGUCAAGGCUAUCCUUGGUGACAUGACUCUUGUUGAAGGAUCAAUGGCUGUAUUGCCUCUCUCUACCAACAUGCCAAUAUUCUAUGCUUCUCAGGAUGUCUGGCUACAAAAGGGUACCAUUAAGUCUAACAUUACCUUUGGUCACAGAUUUGAUGAGGAUGUCUACAACACAGUUCUGAAGGCUAUUGAACUUGAACAUGACAUAUCGACUUGGGAAGAGGGUGACAUGCGUAAGAUCUCUGAACAUGGUUACUCCCUCAGUGGAGGUCAGAGAGUCAGAGUUGGACUUGCUCGUGCCAUUUACGCCUACCUCAUCUUUAGCGAGACUAAUAGAGAGAGCGGAUCUGACCAUUCCUUCCUUGUAGCCCUUGAUGACUGUUUCACUAGCUUGGAUCCAUUCGUGGCGAGGACCAUCUUUAGGAAUCUUUUUAAUGUUAAUGAUGGAUUAUUGGCAAAGGAUGAUGUAUCUGCAGUUCUAACGAUUUCCAAGCGUAUAUUAGACGCUUGUGUAUCAUCAGAAUCACCUGAUUCAUACCCAGAUGCUCCAAUAUAUUUUCUGGAGAACAAGGGUCUUGUGCAGAGCAACAAACUCAAGUCUUUGAUAGAGCACGAAGUUGGCCAUAUUGAGCCUCCAAAACCUUCUUUUGACAGAGUGAAGCUUUCAUCUGUAUCACGUGAUAUCCUCAGAAGAUGCAACUCAGAUGACUAUACUCGUGAUGGACGAAGAAGGUCAACGGAAUCUAGAUAUUCCGAUUCUCCAACAGUUCAAGAGAUACAAGAUAAAAAGGAUAUUGGUAAUAAGAACUUCAAGCCAUAUAAAGCCUAUUUCCGGGCAACGGGUUGGCCUAUUAUCAUCUUCUUCAUAUUUACAUUUACUUUUGCAACCUUGGAUAAUACAAAAUUUAUCAUCACCUCAAAGGUUUCAGAUUCAGUCCUUGAUUAUGCGAAUGAGCAUAAUCAUACAUCAGUUUCACUUGAGGAUGUUAAGGAGUACUGCUACAGAUCUUUGAGGUGGAUCAUCAUUCUCUCGGUAUCUGUUAUGGUUGGAGCUUUCUUCCGUAUAGUUGCGAUGACAUCUGCCUCCUUCAAUGGCUCACUAAGGAUUCAUGAAUACUGCAUUAAUUCCCUCUUUACCAACAAUUCGGCUGUUUUAAGAAUAAAGACGUCUCUUGGUAGCAUUUUGACAUUCUUGUAUAUAGAUACGUUUUUCAUUGACAACAUAUUUGGAUAUUUUCUCUACGAUUCGUCAGUUUUUUCAAUUGAAACUGCGGUCCAUUUGUUGACACUAUUCUUUUUGGUACCAUGGGCCACUCCACUUGCUCUCAUACUUUGCUUUAUCAUUCUUAGGUUCAUAGUGUACUACUAUGUCAGGUCCUGCAAAAACGCAUACUUGGCACGCUUUGAAACAUUUGGCCAAAUUGACUCUACCAUAGAAACGGCUAUAUCUGGCUUAUCAAUUUAUAGGAGCUUCAAAAAGGAGUGGGAAUUAGUUCAUGCUAUGGCAGAAAACGUUGAUUAUAAUCUAAGGUGUUUUCUCUUCACAUACUCUGGUAUGGCUUGGGGAACAAUUUCGUCCAGAUUAUUUCUAUCACCAUUGGCUUUGUUCAUUCUUGUCUUUCCUCUUCUUCUUUCACGCUGGACCGAAACUGAAUUACAAGUUGGAUACUACGCCAUGGCAUAUUCCAUCUUCCUUAGCUUGAAUACUUCAUUUGCAAAUUUCCUCAAACUGUACUGUUUGAUGGAAAUGCAUAUUGGUUCUGUCAAGAGAUUUUCAAGUUUUAUUCCUGAAAAUACACCUCUAAAGUUUGCAAAGAAAAGGAACAUUUAUGGAACGGAAAUUGUUGUAGACAGUUCUAAGGAUUCAGAUCACAAGAACCUGGGUUCGGACGUUGAGAAGUAUAUUAUUUCCAGGCGUUUUGCAAGACAUAUUUCAAGGAGAGGCUUGUAUUGUACAAGUCUUAGAACAUUGCUCUUUAGGCAUAAGGUUAAUUUGUUUGACGUGUCCAAGUACACUACUUUGGGACAUACUAGGGUUAAGUUGGAUAAUGUAAGCGCUCAUAGCGUUAACAAAAAAACAGGAAUGAAGUAUGCUAUUCUAAAGAAUAUUACUUGUUCUGCGGAUACUUCGGACAUUAUUGGAGUUAUCGGUAGAACUGGAGCAGGGAAGUCUACCCUAUUGUCAGUGCUCCAGAAUCUGGCGAAUAGAGAUGGUUCUGUAUUCUUAGAUGGCUGUGAUCUGAAUGAUAUGCCAAAGAGUGUGACUAGACAGAUCAUUGGAGUACUACCUCAACUACCAUUUGUCUUUAGAGGCUGGACUGUACGUAGAUUUGUUGACCCAAGAAUGAUAUUUGAAGAUGCUGAUAUUGAAAUAGCCCUGGAAAAUUGUGGCUUGCUCAAGUUUGUCGAGAAUCUCCCGGGUGGAAAGGGUCUCGGCACCGUCAUUAUACCUGACCAUUACCACGACGAUAUGCCAAGGCACUACAAAAGAGUCUACUACGGUCCCACUUUAAAGCCACAUGGCGCCUCCUCUGUAGAUAAUGUUGACCAUGGAUCGGUGCUUUCAAACUCACAGCUACGUAUGUUAUCAGUGGCAAGACUGGUGCUCUACAGAGAAUUCUUCAAAGUUCUUUUGGUUGAUGAGCCUCCAGAGGAUGAACUUGGAGCUGCUGCAUCAAAGACUGCAGAGAUUCCAAUUUAUGAACUCAUAAAGACACACUUCCAGCACUGUGCAACCUUCAUUGCAGCUCACAAUACCGAUGUUUUGCGCUUAUGCACGUCAGUUUGGGUAUUCCACGAUGGGUCCCUAAUUAGAACGUGCAAAGCUGAGGACAUUGCAAAUAGCGAUUCUCUAUCAAAGAUCAUAGAGGAUUGCAUUACCACACACGCUUAA